CACUAGUGUCAGCUGAUUGGAGCACAUCAGGUGCUGUUCUUGUGUUUCUUCUAGACUUCUGUCUAAGCGCCGUUUAUCCGCACGUUUACCCGACAGGUAGCGAUGACCCGGAUCUAUCAGUAACAAGUCGAUCACAUGAGCCGACGGCUGGAUAUUCCACCAUCACCUGGGUUCAGUUGGUAAGAGUGUGUCCGGACUAAAGAGAUGGCUCUGCUAAUGGAGCACCAGUUCAGACAGCUGCCAGCUGACAGACAGGUGGAAACAAGACCGUUUUUGGAGGCUGUGUCAUACCUUCCACCAUUCUUUGACUGCCUUGGCUCUACAAUUUUUGCACCAAUUAAAGCUGACAUAUGUGGGAACAUCACAAAAAUCAAGGCAGUUUAUGAUACCAACCCAGGGCGGUUCAAGACACUCCAGCAGAUUUUGGAGGCAGAGAAGGAAAUGCAUGGAGCAGAAUGGCCCAAAGUUGGAGCAACAUUGGCUCUCAUGUGGCUGAAAAGGGGUCUACGAUUUAUCCAAAUCUUCCUUCAGAGCCUGGUGGAUGGUGAGAAGGAUGAUAACAACCCAAACCUCAUUCGAGUCAAUGUCACCAAAGCCUAUGAAAUAGCCCUGAAGAGGCACCAUGGCUGGUUGGUACAACAGCUUUUCAAGGCAGCUCUUUUUGCUGCUCCAUACAAGUCAGAUUUCCUGAAGGCCCUCUCCAAGGGUCGGGACGUCAAGGAGGAGGAAUGCUUGGAGAAAAUCAAAAAAUUCCUCAUCAACUUCACUGCCACUGUCAAUGCUAUUUAUGAGAUGUACAAUAAGAUGAAUGCUGACCUUGACUACACAGUGUGACUGCUGGAUGCUUCUCUUUUCUCCAGUGAUUCACUUAGUUUACAGCCUCAUCUACAUUAUGUAGUCUACAUUUGUGCAGUCUACAUCCUGACUUGACUCCCUUCAGGUCACCUGACAGCUAACUGUGAGAGUGUAUUAUAAUACUCAUUGUCAUUACAUGUCAAACAUUUAAUUAUCUGUGUGCCUGCUCUGAUUUCUUGGUAUGCCUUUUUCUCACUGUUGUUUUUGAUUCUGGGGAAAAAUUUCCAAUGCAUCAGCAAAUUUAAACAUUACAUUUUUAUUCUCUAUUUGAAGAGUCAUGUCUCUUUAUAGGACAAACAUAUAUGCUUAAAAUAACUGUCAGAUAUUUAAGAAAGUUAUCCAAGAAUCAAAGCACUACUUACUGGACAAAUGUUUUUAAACCAGCAACAGGACUGUUACAAACGCAUCAAGUACACAAGUGACGUGUUUGAUGUUGACAGAUUUAAGCCACACAACUAUCAAAUUGAACACGAUGCAGAAAUAUAAUCUUUGUUACAGUAGUUGGUACUUUAUAGUGAUAUUGUAUCUAAUGUUUUUUAAUGUUGUAUAUACUGAAGAAAACAUUAACAAUGGUACUUUUAAGCAGUGGUUCAAAAUUAAAAUAUCUCAUAUUAAAAUAUAGGGCUAUGGUUUAUUUUGAAUAAAGCAAAGGAAAAUCCAGAACACAUCCCACAUAUUUCAGAGAAGAAGCCAUAUGUUUUAUCUUAUGCAACAUAUGCUGUUUUGUACAGUUGUUAUUACUAAGUUAUUACAUUGCACUGAGCUAAUUAUUACCUUUACCACCAGUUGUGCAAAGCAUAGCCAGUUUAAUCAGUAUCAUAAACCUGUAGUGUUUGAUUCCCCUCAUCACAUACUGGAUAGAUUUUUUUUUUUUAAAACGCCCUACAUUACUUAGAGGAUGUCUGUGCAUUGUUGUAAAUGGCUUUUAAUAUUGCACAUCUGUUUGUGCCUUGAAGUGGAAGUGCAGAUCAUUAAAGAGACCACAUCAGAUUUCCUGCCUUCAUAUAUAUUUUUAUAAAUGUCACCGUAUGUAAACCAGGUUGGCCAAUUAAGAACAAAAUGUCAAUUAUUCCUGAGGCUCUGGUCACGUCAUUGUAAUGAAGGACUUGCUUUACUGUUUGUCCAAAGCAAAGCUUCAUCCAAUGUUUUUUUUUUUUUUUUCAGUCCACUCUGCUCUCAGGUGCUUACCUCCUACAUGGUUGGACAUAGAUAGAUGGAAAAUUUUAGCUGACUGGCAAAGUUAAGCCAGAUGUCAAAUGCAAUAAGCUUGGAUAUAUCUUAUGUUGAUGGGCCCUGGUUAGUCUGUUCUGUUCUGAGUUCAUGCGCUGGAAUACUUGUCUGAUGUCUCUUGUGGCUGAAAAAAUAACAAAUCUUGUAUUUUCAACUUAUGUUAAACCAUAAUUUGCAAUAAAACAUAAGUGCAACAA